UUGACCCUGCUGCAUGCGGGCUGAUCGCAUCGCAUUCCAAUGUGAGCGAGAUGUAACCGCUGUGCGGACUUUAUGUUUCCUAAACCGUCUUCAGCCUCAUUUUAAAGGAAUAAAAUGUCCAACUUGAAGGAGGCAAACACUUGCCCUGACGGCUACAGAGCUUUAAGCACAAGUGAGCUUAGGGAGCUUUUACAAAACGACGACAAAAUGGACCAAAUCCUUCGACUCAAUGAAAAGUUUCAGGAGCUUCAAGUGGACAGGGAGCUGCUGCAGACGACCAAUCGAAGCUUAGCCGAGGAGAGCCUCGCCAGACAACCCCGACUUUAUAACGGCAAACUCCAACUGGCGGAAAAAUACCGGGAACUGUCCAACCUGGCAACCACAUGCUGGGAAAAACAGAGUCAGCGUGAGGCUCGUGUCCAGAAGCACAGCCUGCAGACGGCGCAGAAUCUCCUGCAGGAAGAGGUGGCGCAUGCUGAGGAGCAGUCGGAGGAGCUGCUGGAGAAAUUCAUGGAGGGGAACGUAAUCCUGGAAGAGUUCCUGGACUCCUUCCAAAGCUCCAGGAAGACGUAUCAUAUCCGCCGGGCUCAAGCGGAGAAGAUGCAGGAGGUCGCACAGGCCAGGCGGCAGCCGAGUAAAACCAAGAGAGCGGAGGAGAGCAAAGAGGUCAAGAAGGACUCGGAGCAGCCUCAGGAGCCUCAGCGGCCCAACGGCUUCGUAGCACAGGGACCCCUUAGAGUGUUCCAGGUACGCUACGGCCUCACGCCAGCCAUCCUCCUCCCUCAUUACCCCGUUUCUCCACCUGCCUCAGCUCCGAGCUAUCAAAGUAGCAUCCCCCCAUCUGAACCCCAACUGGGACAGACCCACAUCCUCAGCCCCAGCACCCCUCUCCCAGGACACGGUCAGCCAGUUGGCCUCCGAGUCAUCGGACAGUUACCGGGUGGCUGGCCGGCGAACGGGCGGCCGGUGAGAGUGCAGCAGCUUUACAGGCCGAACCCUCAGCAGCCUGAACCGCCGUACCGAUAAGUUUCAGGAGGGAGGAGGAAGGUGAAAAGCCGGUUUGAGAGGUCUUCCAAGACAUGGAACCAAACAGUGGCUGUCCCAAUCAUGUAAGCAAAGACUGAUCCAGAGACAGGCAGCACUGCAGACGUCCCAUUUCUGUUCUCCAUCCAUGACACACACAUGUAACCAGAGCAGAGUCAGGUAGGCGGCAGGUGACUAGGACCAGGAGGGAGGACUAGGGAUGGGCUCCGAUAGCCAGAUCUGUUAAGCUCCGACGUUAAAGAAUCUCUUAUGAAACCUUUUUAUCUCUCCUUUUAGUUUUUCAUUUAUAAUGGAAAACAUUGAGACAAAUCCGGCGGCCGAUUUCUGUGGCUUUUGAGCGCUUUCACCAGCGGAACACAUUUACACAGAGAGUAGAAGCAGAGAUGUUCGGCUUAAUCAGGGUCAGCGGUUGCUUCCCUUCUGUCAAGUUAUUCAGUCUCAAACCACCAGUCUGAAAUUAAUUAUGACACAGAUUUGAGAAAAAAAUAAAUAAAUAAACAUUAACGUACCGCUUCUGUCCGACCUCCACAGUCUGGAUGUGUAUAGGUUGUGAACAUGAACUAGGCUGCCAUUAAAUAUUGUAGUGUUUCUGCCUCCUCGGGCCAACAAAAGGUGAUUAAAUACCUUCUUAUUUAAACCUUUAAAGGUCCCAUGGCAUGAAAAUUUCACUUUAUGAGGUUUUUUAACAUUAAUAUGCAUUCCCCCAGCCUGCCUAUGGUCCCCCAGUGGCUAGAA